AUGGCGAUAUUGGGAAAGACUGUUAAGGUGAAAGAAGAAGAAUUGACAGAGGACGAGCAGAUCAAAGUCUUUCAGACGAAGCGACUUGUGAAAAAUUUGGAAGCGGCACGCGGUGAUGGGACAUCGAUGAUCACGGUGAUCAUGAAGCCCGAAGAACAGAUAUCGAAAAUGAUGCAGAAGCUAGUUGAAGAAUAUGGUACUGCUACGAACAUCAAGUCGCGAGUGAAUAGGCAGUCAGUGCUCACUGCUAUUACAUCGACCCAAAACAGACUUAAAUUGCACCACAUUGUACCCCCAAAUGGGUUAGUUAUAUACUGUGGUUCUGUAUACACUGAGAAAGGAGAGAAGUUGGUAUGCAUUGAUCUUGAACCGCCCAAGCCGAUCAAUACAUCGACUUAUCUCUGUGAUAAUAGAUUCCAUACUGAAGCUAUCACCGAUUUAAUGCAGAACGAUGACAAAUAUGGAUUUAUUGUUAUGGACGGGAAUGGCACUUUGUUUGGAACAUUACAAGGAAACACCAGAAGUGUUUUACAGAAGAUCACUGUUGAGUUGCCCAAGAAACACGGGAGAGGUGGUCAGUCAUCUGUCCGUUUUGCACGUUUGAGACUUGAGAAGAGACACAACUACGUCAGAAGAGUUGGAGAACUUGCUGUUGAGAAUUUCAUCACGGACGACCACCCUAAUGUCUCGGGGCUCAUUCUUGCUGGUAUUGCCGACUUUAAGACUGUACUUAAUAAGUCUAUGAUGUUUGAUCCAAGACUUCAAGCCAUUGUAUUGAAUAUAGUCGAUGUCUCUUAUGGUGGAUUAAACGGAUUCAACCAAGCCAUUGAGUUGUCUGCAGAGACGUUGAGAAACGUCAGAUUUGUUGCGGAAAAGGACUUGAUUAAUGAAUUCAUGGAUAACAUCAAGAUGGACACUGGUAAGUUUGUCUUUGGCAUGCAAGAGACUAUUAAAGCACUUGAGAUGGGAGCUGUCGAACGUUUGAUUGUCUGGGAAAACUUGAAAUCGAUUCGUACUGAACUGAUUAAUCCCAACACUGACGAGAAGAAAGUCAUUUAUACACAGAAAGAGUCUGAUGUCGCUGAGGGAGGAAUCAUGAAAGACGCUGAGACUGGCGUUGAUAUGAAAUUUGUGGCUCAGGAGGCUUUUGUCGAUUGGAUCUCCGAACAUUACAAGGACUUUGGAACAAGACUUGAGUUUGUGACAGACAACACACAAGAGGGUGCACAGUUUGUCAAAGGCUUUAGUGGUAUUGGUGGUAUCUUAAGAUACAAACUCGAUAUGGAACAGCUCGAUGAAAACUUUAAUACUGGGGACGAAAUUGUCGAAGAAAAUGAAGACGAUGAUGACAUCUUCGGCGAUGAGGCAGAUAGGUUCCAUGAAAUUGAUGAUGAAUUUGGGUUGUAA